AUGAGUAACAGAAAUAGUGUAACCGACUCCACUCAGACUGAAGAUGUGGGGAAUAAAAUGAAGUAUAGCAUCAGUACUACAGUGGGCAAACAUGCGAGGAGUCUUUUUAAUCACUGGCCUGACAUGUCGCUUGUAAACUUUCUUGAGCUCGAACCCAAAAUUGCUACUUCAAUGUCACGAACCUUAACCCGUCGAAGUUUUAGUACUCUAUCAGCAUCUAAGUCAGUUUUGAAAAACUGGAAAGCUCCAACAACGUCGGAGAUUCUCGAACAGUUCCCUGUGAAUGUGACACCACUUAUGAACGAAGAAAACUAUUGGGGAUGUUUUUACAAUUUCCCGGAGUUAUAUGAAGAUGUAUACUCGCCUGUAGUUGGUAUUCGUGAACUGGAAGACGUUCCCCCCAUUGAAAACGGUGUCCUGACCAGAGACUUAGUCACUGCUUGCUUGACUUAUUUGAAACGAACGCCAAUACUCGGAGACUAUGCUUACAUAAAAUUGGAUCUUUCUUCAAAGCAACUUAGCAACAUAGAUGUUCUAAAGCACUAUAAGUACUUGGUCUACCUGGAUCUGUCUUCGAACUUGCUGAAGGAAUUAACUGUGCUAUCGUUUCUACCAUACCUGCAACAUCUCACGGUUUCAUUUAAUAGUUUAAGCACGAUUCUAGAUUAUGACACCCCACAAUGGUUCCUUACCGAAGUACAUUAUAAGUUUAACUCGGUCAGAAAGAUCAAUGACUUGAGCGUAUUUUGGUCCAUCACUAUUCUUGAUUUGUCUCACAAUAAUAUCAAGUACAUAAGCGGACUACAGGAGUUGAGGUAUCUCCGUCGGCUAGACUUAUCGUUUAACCAUAUUCAGCGUCUUGAGAAUUUGAACAACUUGCGUUUAGUCUGGCUGGAUAUAUCAUACAACAACAUCUCCAGCUGCGAAUUUAGCGAAAAUACCGGCUUGUGGACCCUUUUACAUCUGGAGUACCUGAAUUUGAAUGAAAACAAUUUGACUUCAUUGAAAAUGUUCUCUGGUUGUAACAGACUUCGAGAGUUGUAUCUCCGAAACAACCGCUUGGGUAUCCUUCUAGAGCUUGCAGUAUACUUGAGACAACUCCGCCGGCUGGUGGUGCUCGACCUUCGUGCCAACCCUGUGUGUAACACUCCGUUGUAUAAAGAAGUCGUCAUCAACACAUUCCCUUUACUCCUUAAUUUAGAUGCUCAAGAGUUGGAUCCUGUCGAACAGCGUACUUUGAAAAUGGAUAUGUACCCUGAUGUGACCGCUCAUGCCACUCGACGGUUACUCCGCCUCCUUUACAUACAACAACUUUCAAGGAGCCUUGUUUCGCCUUACAUUCCACCAGCCGAUACCACUGACGUACCUUUGGUGAUUAUUGUAGGACGUGAAGCCGUUGGCAAAGGAACGCUAUCUCGUAGGCUGACAUCUCAGUAUAGUUCACACACCCAACUAGCUCGGCAGCACACAACAGCAGUCUGCCAUUUCUCUGACCACUUCAUUGAAGUAACGAGAUCCAAGUUCGACGAUAUGUUACUCGCUGGGGACUUUCUCACCUACUCUGAAAUGGACGGUGAAUCUUACGGUCUAAGCCGUGAAGAAGCUUUCGUAACAGAUGGAAGAGUGAGGAUUGCGAGUAUGGAUUUAGUCGGAGCUUUGAUGCUGAAAUUACGUGGUUACAGGCCAUAUUUGAUUCUGGCAACGACAGAAGAUAAAAAUGAGCUUGCGAGGAAGCAAUUUGCCCGGAAAACGUUUCGUGAAAUGUACCGCCAAGAAAACAUUUCUGCGGAAGCGCCAGCGGAACGCUCCACAUUACAAGUUUUAGUUUCCGGUCGAAUCAUCAUCACAGGAAUUCUAAAUGAAAUAAUUUUGGGUUUGCCUGACGAAAAAUACCAAAGUGAGUUUACCAUAGAAUCGGAAUGUUCCCUGAUGUUGGACAGUGAAAUACGCAAACAAAUACGAGACUACGCAAAAAAUUCUGAUUUAAUACAUAUGUUAAGUGGAAGUGAUUUGUCUUUGCAAGAAACAAACAAACGGGCCCAAGACAAGAGUAAUAACGAAGAACCGAGUUUAUACUCCUUGUUUAAAGAGUCGCAAGCCACAGAGGAGUACAACAGCUAUAUUUCUUACGGACAGGAUCAAACUAAAAAACCCAAUGAAAAAGUUAGAUCCUCCAAUUUGUCUCAACAUAAAAGUAUUGAUUUCAGCAGAUACACCUCUUCAACGUGGAAAGGGUACUCUACUGGUAAAAUGGAUAGCAACAAAUCGGCAAAAUCGGUAACUUUUACUUCCCAAGAAACCGGGAAUACUGGAAGCACCGGGCCUGUUAUAAACCCAACGGGGUUGCUCGUUGAACCGCAGGUUCCACCUCCUACCGCGGCAGAACAGAUUAUGCAUUCCAUAAGCUCAAGAGGACCGUUUGAUGCACCUGGCCAACACACGCACUACGGUUAUGAAUCUACCCCCGACUCAGAUCUUUGGCUGGCCUUUCUCACUGAAGCCGGGCAGAGAGAAGCCAGUGAUAUGGCAAUUGCAUCGAGUAACUCGGCACCACAGGAGACCCCAAAAACAAAUGAUUCUAUGUUGAACCAGAUUCAUCCUGAGACGGCACCUGUAGAAACUACUGAAAGUUUGGAAGCCAUGGAAAUUUUAACGUCAGCACAUUUAAGAGAACAAUAUGAAAGCAUUCAUCGGCGUAAUCCUGGUCUAUUUUGGGACACAGUCAAUAUGGAUAACCCAGAUGAAGCAGUAAAAAAAUUGCAACACAUAAUUCGAGGGAUUGUCAAAAACCAAAGUAAUUUACAGCCAAUGUUUGACAUUGAUUUCCCAAACCUUAGUGAUUACCCAUCAGUUCAAAAAAGGCUGGAGAUCAUUCGUCAACAAAUAGCUCCUCAACAACUGUUCUAUUAA